CACAUUAAAAAGCAACUUUAUAAGAAGCAAGUCGUGAAAAGGCAUCCCAGAUAUUUCAAUUAAGUUCCGCUUCGUUUCGUUCCCCGGUGUUUCUGCUGUUUUGUGUUCCAUUCCAUUACGUUCCGUGCGGUUCGGUUCGGUUCGGUACGCGAAAUGUCCGCAACAGCAACAGCUUUGCUCUACUGGCAAUCAUUGAACGGCGGCAGCCUCGAUGUUGAUGUUGAUGAUGAUGAUGAUGAGGCGACACAACAAACAAUCGAAUUGCUGCCAUCUGCUGCAGGCUCAGCUUUAACUUCAGCUGUGACCGGUUGCGAUUGGCGGCAACUGCAACUGCAGCAACAACAGCAACAGCGACCGUCUUACGCUCGCAACUGGAGUGCCACAUGCAACGCAGCAACAACAACACAACCAGCUCAUUAUCAUCUGCAGCUGCAACAGCCGCAUUAUUUGGCCCAGAUCGGAUGUCAGCACACAGUUAACAAUUUUGAUGGCAACAAAGCUUCUUUCAAGCCAGCGACGACAAUCAAACAGCAGCAAUACGAUUUAUCCGCUGGAUAUGGUUCCAGUGCGGGCGCCGUGGAAACAUCGCAGGGCAGCGGGAGCGGGGGCAGGCAGCGACAUGCGCCGCUUUACGGUCGCUUUGUGGUCGAAGAGGAUCUGCCUGCCACGCAUCGUGAUGUCAUGCAUCAUCACUCUAGUCCUUCGUCUUCGUCGGAGGUGCGCGCCAUGCAAGCUCGCAUUCCCGCACACUUUCGAGAUCCGGCCCUGGCACCAUUGCGCAAGCUCAGCGUCGAUCUGAUAAAGACCUACAAGCACAUCAACGAGGUUUAUUAUGCGAAGAAGAAGCGUCGUGCUCAGCAGACACAAGGCGAGGAUGAUUCGUCGAAUAAAAAGGAGCGUAAAUUAUAUAACGACGGCUAUGAUGACGAUAAUCACGAUUAUAUAAUCAAGAAUGGCGAAAAGUUUUUGGAUCGCUACGAGAUUGAUUCAUUGAUUGGCAAAGGCAGCUUUGGUCAGGUGGUCAAGGCCUACGAUCAUGAGGAGCAAUGCCAGGUGGCAAUCAAGAUAAUUAAAAAUAAGAAACCGUUCCUAAAUCAGGCACAAAUCGAAGUCAAGCUGCUCGAGAUGAUGAAUCGUGCGGAUGCUGAAAACAAAUACUAUAUCGUCAAGCUCAAGCGUCAUUUUAUGUGGCGCAAUCAUCUGUGCCUCGUCUUCGAGCUGCUGUCGUACAAUCUGUACGAUCUGCUAAGGAACACAAAUUUCCGUGGCGUAUCGCUGAACCUCACGCGCAAAUUUGCGCAGCAACUGUGCACGGCUCUUUUGUUCCUGAGCACCCCCGAACUGAACAUAAUACACUGUGAUCUGAAGCCCGAGAACAUAUUGCUCUGCAAUCCCAAGCGAUCGGCCAUCAAAAUUGUUGACUUUGGCAGUUCGUGUCAAUUGGGCCAGCGCAUCUAUCAGUACAUCCAGUCGCGCUUCUAUCGCUCCCCAGAAGUGUUGCUGGGCAUACAGUACGAUUUGGCGAUCGAUAUGUGGUCCCUCGGCUGCAUUCUGGUCGAGAUGCACACCGGUGAGCCGCUCUUCUCCGGCUGCAAUGAGUUCGAUCAGAUGAACAAGAUCGUCGAGGUGCUCGGCAUGCCGCCCAAAUAUCUGCUGGAUCAGGCGCACAAGACGCGCAAAUUCUUUGACAAAAUUGUCACCGACGGCUCCUAUGUGCUAAAGAAAACGCUCAAUGGUCGCAAAUAUAAGCCGCCCGGUUCCCGCAAGCUCCACGACAUCCUUGGCGUGGAGACGGGCGGACCGUCGGGUCGAAGAUUGGAUGAGCCGGGGCAUUCGGUGGCGGAUUAUUUGAAGUUUAAGGAUCUGAUAUUGCGCAUGCUGGACUUUGAUCCAAAGACGCGAGUCACACCAUAUUAUGCCUUGCAACACAACUUCUUCAAGCGCACCACGGACGAGGCGACAAACACGAGCGGAGCGGGCGCCAAUGCAGCGAAUGCGGGCGCCGGCGGCAGCGGAUCAUCAUCUGGCGGUGGAGGUGGAGGUGCAACUGGAGGAGGCAGCGGAUCAGGUGGUGGAAUUGGAGGCGGAGGAGGAGGAGGCGGGGCAGCGAGUGCAAGUGGCGGAUCAACGUCGAGUGCUGUCCUCGGAGGAGGUCUUGGCGCCAGCAGCAGUAGCAGCAGCAGCGUUGUCUCUUCCAGCGUCGCAGCUGGCGUCGGCGGCGCAGCAAGCAGCGCAGCCAACGCAACGGCACAGCAGCAGCAACAACAACAGUUGAUGUCCAGCAGCGGCAGUGGCGCCGCCUUGGAUCCCCAAUGUCUAGAUGAGCGCCGAUGACCAGCCGCGGCAACGAGUGCGAGUGCGACAGCAACAACAACAACAGCGACAGCAAAGACAAUGGCGAAUUAGUCGAUAAGAAGAAGAAGAAGCAGAAGGAGAGGAUUACAGCCGGCAGCAUUGGCAACUGGCAUAUUAACAUUAACAGACGCUGUUAAGGGCUAGUAUGUUAUCGCUCUGUAAAUAGCCAGAGGCUACCAAAAAAGCCACCCAUCGCAAUUGUUUUCCUAAUGUGUGGCGCGCGUUUAAAUCACGUUCGUUCGUUCGUUCGUUCGUUUUUUUUUUUUUUUUUUUUUAUUCUUACUAUACAUACAUGAUAUUUAAGAUAUACAUAUAUAUAUAUAUAUAUAAAUAUAUAAAAACAAAAAAAAAACAAAUUAUUUUUUUGCACUUAGCAUACAGUUAAAGUAUAAAGUUGGGAUCGAAUGUUAGAAGCAAAUGUUUAAUAUGUUUUGAUUUACAUUUUAUUUAUUGUAUUUUUCCUUUUUUUUUUUAAUUGAAAUGACGCUAACGGCUAAGCAUUUAAUUGUAAGCAAUUAGGGCCAUAGUAUUGUACAAUUAAGCAACUUAAAGAAUAAACAAAAAAAAAAAAAAACGAAAAUGAAAGAUAAAAAUCGCAAAAAAAAAAAGAAAUUGAAAAUAACUGUUAAAAGUAUAAGCGAGAGAAAUCCUUAAAAACCACUUUCUUAAUGACUGCCAUACAUAUGUGUAUGUAUUCCACACAUUCACAUUCAAAUAUAAAUCGAUAUAUAUAUAAAUAUAUGAUAAGUGUAACGAUAACGAUUACGAUAACAGCGACAGAAGAAGAUUUACAUAUGUAUGUGUGGACAUAGAGAUUGCAAUAGUAUGCAACGCCGCAUUAUAGAUUGUACUCUCUCCUUAUGAAUGAAAUAUCUAUGAAGAUAACUGUAAUUUACACACACACACACACGCAUUCUCUCUCUCCAUCUCGUUGUCUCAAACAUUAGUGUUUGUCUACUCUUUUGGUUGUUUAUUACACUCACACACAUACACACAUUACAUCUCUCUGCCUCACUCUCUCUCUCUCUCUCUCCGCAAGCAUUGAUGAUCAAUAGAGGUGAACAACUAUCGAUAGUGAGCCAUCGAUAGUGCCAUCGGUUGUUCUCCCUCUCUACUAGAAACAUGCAAACACACAAAUUUUGACAUAUUGCCUUGUAUUCUUGUAUUCUUUGCCGCAAUCAAGGCAUUUGGUUGCGCCACUAUCGAAAGUAUGUGCUACUAUCGAUAGUGCCAUCGAUAGUUCUCCACCUCUAAUGAGCAAUUUCUUUUCUUAGUUAUUUCUCGAUUCGAAAUCGAAGACACGCUUCUUCCAAUGACAAAUAAACUUACGUUAACGUCUUAGUUAAAUAUGCAAAAUAUUGCUGUUAAAAUCAGUCCACAUCCAAAGCAAAAACGAAAUCAAAAUGGUUGUCAAUGUGUGGUUGAUUAUGCGAUCAGUUUAUUUUUAUCCAGUGUGUGAAUUCAGGCGCCGCUUUUUGUGAUAUUCCCUCCCACUAAACUCCUGUAAUCCAUCUCUUUCUCUCUCUCUUUCGAAUUCUUUAAAUCUCAUUUACACCCAGAGAGAGGGAGAGUUAAGUUCACUCAAGGAGAGAGAGAGAGAGAGCUUUCGUUCACUUCGCUCAGAGUUAGACAACACACAUGUGUACAUAAUUAUUACAUGAAGAGUGCAACCCCUUCCCCUCAACAAAUUUCCCCCUCUCCCCACCACAAACAUUAAUAUUCGUCGCAUACGUAAAAACAAACAAUUCACCAGGAGGAACAUGCAAAAUCCCUUUAAAAAGAACAAUUUGCGCUUAAUUUUAUGGUAAAAGCAAUGUUAAGUAACAGAGCUGUGCGACUGUUAACUAACAGCCCCGUUAACAGCUAAAAACACACAUCAAGUUUUUAUCGAACCGAACGAAAUGAAAUGCGGAGAUCGAAAGCGAUCGAUAAAAAAUAUGCGAAAAAACCAAAAAAAAAAAAAAAAUCUAAACACAAAUCAUAGUUUUAGGCAUGUAAAAAUAGCAAAAAUUAAUGAAUAUACAACAAAACAAAUAAAACCUAAGUUUAAAACAAAAUCAGCAAAAACGAAAUAAAUAAUUGAAGCAAAGACAAAACAAAGAAACCAAAAAGUUUAGCAUUUAGAGAUCGAUAAAGCAAAAACAAAAAGAACAAGAAUAAACAAAAAGAACAAAGAAACUGAAGAAGAACAAGAAAAACUUAAAUCAGUACUAAACGAAAACUUUAGCAUUUAACAAAUAAAAAAAAACACACACAGCCAUAUACAUACAUACAUACAUACCCCGCGAUACAUAUAUAUAUAUACAUACAUACACACAUAUGUGCAUAUGUAUGUUGUAGGAGUAUGCGUAUAUCGAAAUGCGCGAUAUCGAAUCGAUAACGAACAAAAAAAUCAAUUAAUUUACUAGGAGGCACAAGGACACAGAAAAGACACACACACACACACACACACACAGAGAGAGACGCAAUCGAACGAGAAUAUGCAUAUGUAUAUGUGUUUAAAUAAUUCAACAAUUUAGUGGUAGACAGAGAAAACAAUUCAAGAAUUUAACAAACAAACAACCAGAAAAGAAAAGAUAUAAUUAAUACAACUUGCUAAAAGAGUUAUGUAAUAUAUUUAAAGAGUAAACAAAAUGCAAAACGAGUGUUACAAGUUUAAGUUCAUUACACACACACACACACACACACAAACACACUCACAGACACAGUUGAGUUGGGGGAAAAACGAAAAACGAAAAGAAAGGCAAACUAAAAAGAAUUACAAGCAUUUAGAUUUAGGCAAAAAUGAAGAAUACCAAAAACCAAAAAAAAAAGAAGAAACUAAAAAUGCAUAUUUAGAAACGGAAUCACACAGCAAAAUUAAAACAAAAGCGAAGGGUUAAUAAAAACAAAGCGAAACAAAGCAUAAAAAGAAAAUACAAAAAAAUAACAGGCGUCGCCUCAGCGUAUGCAGCAUGUUGCUAACAUUUCAAGGCCGAUUAACAGCGCAUUAACAGAGGCGAGAGCAAGCGAGAUCAAAAGAGCGUCGCAAGCAAGAUGGCGGCCUACCGAAAACAUGUCUCUUGAUUAGCAUACACACACACACAUGCAUACACAUGAACACUCACACGUAUGUACAUACAUAAACAUGCAUAAACGAAACGAGAAGAAAAAAAAACAUUCAUAUUUUUCCCGGCAAAAUUCAUAGGCGAAACAAAAACAAAAAUAACGAAAUUUACAUACAUACAUAGCUAUGAGCGUUAAACAAAACAGUAUUGCGAGUAAACAAAACAAAGAAACAUAACGAAAGAAGAACGAAGCAAACUGGCUUUGAAAUAUGAAAUGUAAUGAAAUGAAAUGCAUUUAGUUGUUUAGCAAUGUAACGAUAACGAAAACAACAACAACAAAAUACAAACAGCAAAACCAAUUCACUCACACACACACACAUACACAAACACAUGCAUACACUCUCACGCAUAUGUGGCAUUUAUAUAAAUAUAAAGAAAAGAAAAAAAAAAUAACAACAAAGCUGAUGGUUUAAG